AGUAUAAACUGUCAAAAUAAUAAUACCGAGUAACAAAACAAAAAUUGCACUAUUUCAGCAUUAAAUAUCGUUUGAAAUAAGCAAUUAAUCAGAGUUAAAUCAUUUAAUGUCUAUAUUUGCCUUGAAUUAAGGUCACAUGACCCAAUAGAGCCGAGCUUUAAUUUAUUGACGCUUAGCGGUCAAGCUUAUAUAUUUGACCUUCUCAAGGUGACCGAUACCGCAUCUUGGUAGCUCAGUCAGUCGGGCUUAGGCAGUCGUAGGAGUUUGUUUAGUACUAAAUUGACUGGAUCACGAUGAGCGUUCAAACGGAUUCAGAAAAGCGUAAGCAGAUAUCUGUCCGCGGCAUUGUCGCUGUAGAAAAUGUUACCGAAGUGAAAAAGGCUUUUAAUCGUCAUGUGCAUUAUACUUUGGUAAAAGAUCGCAAUGUUGCUACACCAAGGGAUUAUUAUUUCGCCCUUGCACAUACAGUCCGUGAUCAUCUGGUUUCCCGCUGGAUUAGAACCCAGCAGUAUUAUUAUGAAAAAGAUCCCAAGAGAGUCUACUAUCUAUCAUUGGAGUACUACAUGGGCCGUUCUCUCCAAAAUACCAUGAUAAACCUGGGUAUCCAGGGUACUGUGGAUGAAGCUCUGUACCAGCUUGGCUUAGAUAUUGAAGAAUUGGAGGAGCUGGAAGAGGACGCAGGUCUAGGCAAUGGAGGUCUUGGUCGUCUGGCUGCUUGCUUCCUUGAUUCCAUGGCCACACUUGGACUGGCAGCAUAUGGUUAUGGUAUAAGAUACGAAUACGGUAUUUUCGCGCAGAAGAUAGAAAAUGGUGAGCAACAGGAGGAGCCUGAUGAUUGGUUACGGUAUGGUAAUCCUUGGGAGAAGGCCCGCCCUGAGUUCAUGCUGCCUGUCAACUUCUACGGCCGCGUAGUUGAUACUCCUCAAGGAAAGAAAUGGGUAGACACACAGGUAAAUAUGAAUGGAUUUAAUAAUAAAUUUCGCAAUAAACAUACAUUACGUAUUAGCAGUGCACAAUCUUGUUAGAUUGAUUGAAGUAUACGGUAUUUGUUUUCAGUCAACUCUGGUGAUUACAUCCAAGCAGUACUGGACAGGAACGUGGCCGAGAACAUCUCGCGCGUGCUCUACCCCAAUGACAACUUCUUCGAGGGCAAGGAGCUGCGUCUGCGCCAGGAGUACUUCAUGUGCGCCGCCACGCUGCAGGACAUCAUCCGCAGGUACAAGGCCUCCCAGUUCGGCUGCAGGGACGCCGUAAGGACCACCUUCGAGAGCCUGCCCGAAAAAGUCGCCAUACAACUGAACGACACCCAUCCCGCCCUGGCUAUUCCUGAACUGCUGAGAAUCUUACUCGACAUCGAGAAGGUGCCCUACGACGAGGCCUGGAACCUCGUGGUCAAGUGCUGCGCCUACACCAACCACACCGUUCUACCAGAGGCCCUGGAGCGCUGGCCCUGCUCUAUGCUGGAGAACGUACUGCCGCGCCACAUGCAGCUCAUAUAUCACAUCAACUUCCUGCACCUUCAGGAGGUGCAGAAGCGCUGGCCCGGAGACAUGGACCGCAUGCGCCGCAUGUCCCUCAUCGAGGAGGAGGGAGAGAAGCGCGUCAACAUGGCCAACCUCUGCGUCGUCGGCUCCCACGCCGUCAACGGGGUCGCCGCCAUACACUCCGACAUCCUCAAGAAGACCAUCUUCCGCGACUUCUUCGAGAUGUGGCCGGAGAAGUUCCAGAACAAGACCAACGGCAUCACGCCCCGCCGCUGGCUGCUGCUCUGCAACCCGGGCCUGUCGGACCUCAUCUGCGACAAGAUCGGCGACGAGUGGACCGUGCAUCUCGAGAAGCUGCAGCAGCUGAAGCGCUGGGCGAAGGACCCCGCCUUCCAACGCGCCGUCAUGAAGGUGAAGCAGGAGAACAAGCUGCGCCUGGCGGCCCUCAUCGAGCGCGACACCGGCAUCAAGAUCAACCCCGCAUCCAUGUUCGACCUCCAGGUGAAACGCAUCCACGAGUACAAGCGGCAGCUGCUCAACAUCCUGCACGUCAUCACGCUCUACAACCGCAUUAAGCGCGACCCGCAAGCCGCCAUCACUCCACGCACCGUCAUGAUCGGUGGCAAGGCCGCGCCCGGAUACUACAUCGCCAAGCAGAUGAUCGCUCUCGCCUGCGCAGUCGGGAACACCGUGAACAAUGAUCCGGACGUGGGUGACAAGUUGAAGCUGAUCUUCCUGGAGAACUACCGCGUGUCGCUGGCGGAGCGCAUCAUGCCCGCGGCGGACCUCAGCGAGCAGAUCUCGACGGCCGGCACAGAGGCCUCCGGCACCGGCAACAUGAAGUUCAUGCUCAAUGGGGCCCUCACCAUCGGCACUAUGGACGGUGCUAAUGUGGAGAUGGCGGAGGAGGCCGGGGAGAACAACAUGUUUAUCUUCGGCAUGAGAGUCGACGAUGUGGAAGCUCUCCAGAAGCGAGGAUACAACGCUUACGAGUACUACGAGCGCAGUCCGGAGCUGCGGCAGUGCAUCGAGCAGAUCCGCAGCGGGUUCUUCUCCCCCGAGGCGCCGGGCAAGUUCGCGCACCUCGCGGAUGUGUUGCUGCACCACGACCGCUUCCUGCACCUCGCUGACUACGACGCUUACAUACAGGCGCAGGACAAGGUCGCCGCCGUCUACCAGAAUCCGGCUAAAUGGGCUGAAAUGGUGAUCGAGAACAUCGCAUCAUCCGGCAAGUUCUCAUCUGACCGCACCAUAGCGGAGUACGCGCGUGAGAUCUGGGGCGUCGAGCCAUCUUGGGAGAAACUGCCUGCACCCCAUGAAUCUGCCUAGGUUAAGCAUAACUUGCCAUAUUCACACUGACCUUUAUUGAUAAAACACUGGACGGGUCGGUGUUUGAAAAUAACAACUUUUUUUUACGUUCGUUCCUAUCAAAAAGAGCCAGUUGCGGUUACUAUUGCCUAAUCUAUAUCUAUUUGAUGUUGCGUUUCUAUAAUCGAGUAGGCACAAAAUUAGACGCGCAUAGCUUGUCCAGUGGUUAGAUCUUAGAGGUCAGUACAUAUUUGUCAUCUUUGAUAUUACCGUAGAUUAAAAAUUCAAAAUUUUAUUCAAUUCGCUAUUAGCAUAGUAGAUUUGCUACUGUUUAGAGUUUAUUAUUGUAGUUUUGAUGUAUUUAAAAUUUGGUACAGUUAUGAUCGAAUUCGAUUAGGAAAAAUUUAUAUGUCUAGUGUUUGAUUGUAAAAUUUUCACGUCUUUAAAAUAUUUAUAGAAUUAAUCGAAAGUAGAAAGAUUUGGGAUAUAGAUAUUAAAAAGCAAUGAGAUCUAUGAUAUUUACUUUAUAUUUUUUAAUCAACUUUAUGUAAAAAAAAUCAGUUUUGCUAUGUACUAACGGGACGUCCAAUGGUGUCUAAUAUAAUUUCUGAACUAAUAUAUUUUAAGUAUAAAUAUUUAUUUACACAUAAUAUAGGCAGCUAUAUAUUUUUGUGCUACAUAAAAAAGUUUAUAAAUAAUUGUAUGUUGAUCCUCCGAGAACAUUUUUAUACCUUUGUUUUCAAAUUACUAAUUUUAAGUCCCUUAAAAGUUUCAAGUUCCUAUCCUUCUUUAAUAAAUUUAUAUUUUUUAAUUUA